CCAACUUUUUUACUGUUACACGUUCUUACUUGUGGGUCAGGUUGGACAGUAUCCAGUGGAAAAUGUCGCAGUAUUCUGGAAAGAUCACCUUCUAUGAAGGAAAAUGCUUCACCGGCAGGCAGCUGGAGGUCAGGGGCGAGUGCGAUAACUUCCAGGACCGCGGCUUCAUGAACCGCGUCAACUCUAUCCGCGUGGAGAGCGGCGCCUUCAUCUGCUUCGACCACCCUGACUUCAAGGGACAGCAGUACAUCCUGGAGCAUGGCGAAUACCCCGAGUUCCAGCGUUGGAACAGCCACAAUGACCACAUGGGCUCCUGCAGGCCCAUAAAGAUGCAUGGCGAGCACUACAGGAUGGAGCUGUUUGAGGCCUGUAACUUCUCUGGCCAGUGUGUGGAGAUCUGCGACGACUGCCCUUUCCUGCAGAGUCGUGGCUUCAGCAAGAACUGCAUCAACUCCAUCAAGGUGUACGGAGACGGAGCCUGGGUGAUGUACGAAGAGCCUAACUUCCGCGGCCGUAUGUACAUCGUGGAGAGAGGAGACUACUGCAGUCACAAUGAGUGGCAAGCCCAGAACCCCAACAUCCAGUCCAUCCGUAGGGUGGUCAACUACUUCUAAACCUCCCGCCGUAUCCCGCCUCCUGGCACGGACUGUGACUUUUACCACUUACUAACGCUCUAGAAAUGUACAAUAAAAAUACCCAAAGAAAAUCA